AAAUAAAUAAAUAAAUAAAAUAAAUAGGAUGAGUUAGGUUUUAAGCGGGUAUUACUCCCUCUCUUCUUCACCCAAUUCACACGCCUCGCUUCCCCUUUCCUUCUUCCUUCUUUCUUUCCCUCCUUACUUCCCUUCUCCCUCUACUGUGUCGCCAGGGCUGGCUGUUGUGCCGCCCCUUGUGACUGCCGGCCAGUUGCACGGCAUCUCCUCCAAGAUUCCCCAGUCCCUGGCCUUGGAUCUCGAUCCUCACCACAGCAGCUGCGCUGCGUUUUUUUCCAACCGGCAGCCACACCACAGUGAACAGCCGUCCACCCUUCUACCACCAGCAACCGCUUCACUUCCUGCGGCCAGCAACUAGCGGCUGUGACAGCAGCAGCCCUGAGCCGUGACUCCAUCCACCACCACACUAACCACUCUUCUCUCCACCCCUCUCUUGUUCACCUAAGUUUUCAGUUCGUAAGAGGAAAGUAGAACCUUAGUUGGGUGACUUUUGUAACAUUUAGUCGUGCAGUGACGCUUGCAGGAUGAAUACAUCUCGAAAGGAGAAGCGAAAAGCGGUUAGAUUUGAAAAGAAGCUACAUAAACAUCAACAUCUGAUACUUCGCAGAUCCAAACAAAACUUAGAAAAUAUGGGGAACUAUAAUUUAAGCAAUUCAAUUGAUAAAGACAGAGACAAAGGGACAGACGGGGAGUUCAAGGUUUUAGAAAUCGAGAACAUGCAGAACUUGAUUGAUAGUGAUGCUAGUAGGAUUAGUAAGAAGAAACAUAAGGUCAUUACAAACAAGUCAAAGUUUGAGGAGUAUUUACAAUUGGAAACGACACCCGGACCUUCUAUAGAGGAGGACAUGGAGAUGGAAUUCAAAUUAGCUAAAAAGCUCAAGUUAAAGAAGGGAAAAAAAUUGCAUGACGAAGGUGAUGGACUUAAUAACUUGUUUGAAGGGAUUCCAUCUUUUGAGGAAUUCGGCACGCUAACUAAAAGUCCAGCAAAUAUUGACGAAAAGGUUCGUAAGAAAAAGAGAAAGAAAAGCGACAAAUCUGAAAAAAAAGUUGGUCUUGCUGAUGAUGCUUCUCAGGAUGUUCAAAAUGAGAAGGGUGUAAUAUGUGAAUCAUUUGAAUCACGGGAAGUAGGUGAGAUUGAUAAGGAGGUGGAAAAAGAUGCUACCAUUGCUAAACAGAGUGUUGGUAAGUAUGUUACACCGCAAUUGAGAUCUUGUUCGAGUGAUAGUUUACAUGAGUAUUUACCCAUUCGAAGACGGAUACGAGGUUUGUUGAAUAGGGUGUCCGAGUCCAAUGUGGAGUCGAUUGUUGGAGAUAUUUUUUCAAUAUUUCAGUCUGUUAGUCGAGCUAUUGCAUCACAAAUGAUUACUGAAGAGGUAUUGGCUUCAUGUAUUGGGGGUCCAAGAGGAAACGAACAGUAUGCUGCAGUGUUUGCUGCAUUUGUAGCUGGUAUGUCUGCGUUGGCGGGAAUCGACUUUGCUGCUAGACUUAUGGCAUCCCUUGCGAAAUCGUUUGAGGAUGAAUACUUGAAGGAAGACAAUCUAUCUCUCAGAAACUUAUCCCUUUUGCUCUCCUACUUGUGCAUAUUUGGAGUGUGCUCAAGUGACUUAAUUUAUGAUUUUCUAUCCAAGCUAAGCAAGAGGUUGACAGAGGUAGAUGUGUCUACCAUCUUGACGGUUUUACAAUGUUGUGGAAUGAAGUUGCGUGGGGAUGACCCUAUUGCCAUGAAGGACUUUAUUCAGAGUGUUCAAAGUAGAGUAACUGAGUUAAAGGCUGCUUCUGGAAAUACUGAGGCAACUACAUAUAACAAGAGAAUGGAAUUUAUGCUUGAAACUAUUUGCAAUAUCAAGAAUAAUAAGAAGCGGGUGAAGGAUGAUUCUCCACCGCACACACGCAUAAAGAAAUGGCUGCAAAAGCUUAGAGUCGAGGAUAUUACUAUUCGUGGAGUCAAAUGGAGUAAGCUGCUUGAUCCUCUAAAGAAAGGGCAAUGGUGGUUUUCAGGGGACGUAUCAUCUCCAACAGAAGAGAUUCAUAAAGUUUCUGACAAAGAGGUCAAUGAAGCCCAGAAGAUGAUGCAGCUAGCUGCCAAACAAAAGAUGAACACCGAUAUUAGAAGGGCAAUUUUCUGUGUGAUAAUGAGUGGAGAAGAUUACAUCGAUGCAUUUGAACAACUAUUGAGCUUGAAUCUGCAAGGAAAGCAGGAUAGAGAGAUCAUGCGAGUCCUCAUAGAGUGUUGUUUGCAGGAGAAGAUGUUUAAUAAAUAUUAUACUGCUCUUGCUUCCAAGCUUUGCAGUCAUGACAAGAACCACAAGUUCACUCUGCAGUAUUGCCUUUGGGACCAGUUUAAAGAGCUGGAGUCCAUGCCUUUGAGGAGAUCAAUGCACCUGGCCAGAUUUGUGGCAGAGAUGCUUGCAAGUUUCACCCUUUCCCUUGCAACUUUAAAAGUAGUUGAUCUAACUGAUGCCACCCAACUUACUGCAAAGAGGAUCAUGCAUUUCCGGAUGCUUUUCGAGUCUAUUUUGGAAUAUUCAGAUAGCGUAGUGUGGAACAUCUUUACACGAAUAGGCAUCACGCCUGAGCUGGAAGAUCUACGAAGUGGUCUCGAGUUUUUCAUGAGAGAGUAUGUCGUAGCAGUUAACAAUAGUGUUGCUAAAAGGUUUAAGCUUGCAAAGAAAGCGCUCAACAAUGCUCAAGGUGUUUUGAUGUAGAACAAGUGAGAUUUUUUUUUUUUUAUUUUUUUAAUUAAAUCAAAUGUCAAUUUUUUGACUUAAA